AUGAGUCAGGGGGACACAAACUCUGCUGCUGUCCCUCAUGCUGCUGAGGAUGUGCAGGGGGAUGAUCGGUGGCUCUCUCAGCACAAUAGGUUUGUUUUGGACUGUAAGGACAAAGAACCAGAUGUCUUGUUUGUAGGUGACUCCAUGGUGCAGUUAAUGCAGCAGUAUGAGAUAUGGAGGGAACUGUUCUCUCCACUGCAUGCACUGAACUUUGGCAUUGGUGGAGACACCACACGCCACGUCCUUUGGAGACUUCAAAAUGGAGAACUAGAGAAUAUCAAACCUAAAGUUAUUGUUUUAUGGAUUGGCACCAAUAACCAUGAAAAUUCUGCAGACGAAGUGGCCGGAGGAGUGGUGGAAGCCAUCAUAAAACUCAUCAAUACGUUGCAGCCACAAGCCAAAAUAAUUGUCAUGGGAUUACUGCCACGUGGAGAGAAGCCAAAUCCACUGCGAGAGAAGAAUGCACGUGUCAACCAGCUCUUGCGCUCAUGGCUCCCACGUCUUCCUGGAGUGCAGCUGCUGGACUUAGAUUUUGGCUUUGUUCACUCAGAUGGCACUACUUCUCGAAAUGACAUGUUCGACUUCCUCCACCUCACGGCUACUGGCUAUGCUAAGGUCUGCAGGCCACUUCAUGAACUGAUUAUGCAACUGCUGGAGGAAACCCCUGAAGAAAAACAAGUCACCCUGGCCUGA